AUGGCAACUUGCAGCCCCCGUGUCAUGAUUAGUGAUGAUGAACCAGGUUGUGAUCUAGAUUUAUUUUGUAUACCUCAUCAUUAUGCUGCGGAUUUGGAAAGGGUGUUUAUUCCUCAUGGACUAAUUGUAGACAGGACCAAACGGCUUGCUCAAGAUGUGAUGAAGGAGAUGGGAGGCCAUCACAUCAUAGCCUUGUGCGUGUUCAAGAUGGGCUAUAAAUUCUUUGCUGACCUGCUGGAUUACAUCAAAGUACUGAACAGAAAUAGUGAUAGAUCCAUUCCUAUGACUGUAGAUUUUAUCAGACUGAAGAGCUACUGUAAUGACCAGUCAACAAAGGACCUAAAAGUAAUUGGUGGAGACGAUCUCUCAACUUUAACUAGAAAGAAUGUCUUGAUUGUUGAAGAUAUACUUGACACUGGCAAAACAACUCAAACCUUGCUUUCCUUGGUCAAGCAGUAUAAUCCAAAGAUGGUCAAGAUCGCAAGUUUGCUGGUAAAAAGGACCUCUCAAAGUGUUGGGUAUAGACCAGGCUUUGUUGGGUUUGAAAUUCUAGACAACUUUGUUAUCGGAUAUACCCUUGACUAUAAUACUUCAGGGAUUUGA